AUGUCGGUGACGGAUAACCCAAACGAAGUUGAGAAUGAAAUUGAUAUUUUGUCAAAGCUGCAGAGCCCAAGACUAGUUAAUCUUGUUGGAUUCAGUAAGAAUGAUUCCCUAGAUCACCUCUUGGUCGUCGAGUUCAUGAGAAAUGGGACACUUUAUGAUGUUUUGCAUUCGAGUUCCCGGCCUCCCACUUGGGGAAGAAGGAUAAAAUUGGCUUUACAAACUGCGAAAGCCAUUGAUACCCUCCAUUCGUCAAGUCCUACAGUAAUUCAUCGUGAUAUCAAGUCGGCCAAUGUGUUGAUAGACCGGAAUUUUAAUGCAAGAUUGGGGGAUUUCGGUCUGGCUUUGAGGUGUGUGGAUGAUUAUAGGUUAAGAUCAACUCCCCCAGCAGGGACAAUGGGUUAUUUAGAUCCCUGUUAUGUGACCCCUGAUAAUUUGAGUACUAAAACUGACGUGUUUAGUUUUGGAAUAUUGCUUUUGGAGAUACUUAGUGGGAGGAAAGCUAUUGAUAUGGGGCAUUCGCCGCCUUCUAUUGUUGAUUGGGCUAUUCCAUUAAUUAGGAGAGGGAAAUUGAUGGCCAUUUAUGAUCCCAGGAUAGAACCACCAAAGGAUGCUUCUGUGAGGAAACAGUUGGCGGUGGUAGCUGCGAAAUGUGUGAGGUCUUGUAGGGAGAGGAGGCCUACAAUGAAGGAGGUGGCAGAGUGUUUAAGUGGGUUGAGUAAGCUGGUUCCAAUCCGUUCGUGGAAUGGUUUUGCUAAUCCUUGUUUGAUGGUUGAUACUGUGGGGAGACCGGUAGAGUCAAGAAGUGUCCAAGUGAAUUCAAAGGGAAAGGGGGCUGAAGAUGGGAAUAUGAAUGGUGGGGAUGCCAAAGUUGGACGACCAUUGAGGAACUCAGGGAGAUUGUACUCUGAUUUGGGAUUUAGGAGCAAUUUGUUGGACUUAAUGGCUGGCCCUGAUGGGGAGUCUGAGUUUCGUGGUGAGAAUGUUGGGAUUGAACCUAAACCAGAAUAUGAAAAACGAGCUCCAAGUUUAAGAUUUCAAAGUGGGAGGUUUACUGGCCAAAGUAAUCAGUCUAAGGUUCUUGGGUACAAUAGAGGUAGUGUGUCUUGCAUAAAGAGAAACGACUCUGUUGGAGAGAAUUCAAAUCCAUUCUAUAGAAAAGGUUACAAGAUUGCUGGAUCAAGUUCUGUUUCUAUGGCUGCCGAUCCAAGAUAA